AUGGGAGACUCAUCUUGGCAGCAGACUUUGAAUAAUUGUGAGAACAUAGAUUAUUUACGUGGAGAAUUUGAGAGCAGGAGAGAAUGGCGGCUCCGAAAACAGUUUCUGGAAAUGAAUUACGGCAGUUUGCCGAUGGACAGAUUGGUGUGUUUGUCUCGAUGUUUUAUAAACAUCAUCAUGUAUGGAUGUUCGUACCCUGCAGCUGUGAUGAAGGACGUUCAAGAGCGGAGUCAAGGCAUUGUUGAAGAAGUUAAAGCUGAGAAGAAGGUGGAGGCCAAACAGAAAUAUCUUGCCUCAUUUGUGAAGGCCAGCAGUGAACCAGACACUUUGUCCAGCACGGUUUCCUUUGGUGCCAGCACAGCUGUUGUGAAGAAUGUUGCACCGGCAGCAGAACCGUGGGCAUCAUUUUCUCCUAGAAACUCAGCUAUUUCUAAAGUUAUUCACUUUGGACAUGAAGCAGACAGUAAAACUCUUGAACCAGCUGCUUCCAUUAUCCCUGAUGAUUAUGGAUUUUGGGGCGGUCCAGAAGUUGUAACUGGUAACAUCCCACUUGAUGAAGGAAUAGACAUGUCUACAGUCCGUGUAAUCAACAAGAGCCCAGACUUACGCAGUCAAGGCACAAAUUUGGUUAAUCCUGCACCCCACAACCAACAUCCAAAGACAGCACUGUCCAAAGAAGAAUGCUUGGCUGCCUACCAGAAAGAAUCCAAUCCAGUGUUGCAGAAAAUUAGAAAACUUGCGUUUGAAGUUUUAAAACGUCAGUCAAAAUUUGAACAAAAUGCGAAGGAAGUUUUACAUUCAGCUGGAAAUCAUGUUCCUGUUGUUAUGGACUUUGCUGUAGAGAAGGUUGUUAACAAUAAAUCAGUCAGUUUCUUAUGUUGUGUUUUGAUUGAAGGAGUUGAAGUGGCUUCGGAAAUGGGACCUAACAUAAAGCAGGCUAAAACAAAUGCGUGUGAGGCAGCAUUAAGAGUGAUUGUGAUGCCUAAGCUGGAAAUCGUCCAGGUUGGUGAUAAACACCUAGUCAUAAAGGGAACAAGUUUAAUACAGGACAGACACGUGCGCCCGAUUCAGACAGCUCGGUUUGAUAAUAGCAGGGCUUCCUUUGCCAGGCCGUUGAAUAAUAGGAAGUUACCAGGCAGGGCAGUUCCUUAUUAUCAAGAAUCAAAUAGCCAGCUUGUCAAGCGUAAACGAAACGAUUUUAAAGCGUUGGAGGAUUUCAUCGUUGUAGAACAGUGGAAUCCCACUUCUGCAGGAGGUGCGGUAAAUAUCUUGAAGCAGAGCGCCGAUUUUAACAGGAUGCUGUUGGAGUAUGAUUAUUUCAAUCAAGGAAUGGCUACUCGAUGUGUUGUAAAAAUUGAAGGGGAGGUUGUAGCUGACGUAUUAGACUCAUCAAAACCUACAUCCAAAAUUGCAGCUUCUGCUCAGUGCCUACAAUUCUUGAGGAGCCACUGUUGGGUGCUGAAGACCAAACAAGCUGUAGACUCCACCACCUCCAUCUCUAAAGAAGAGAUUCAGAAGGAAAUCCAGCUAAAAUCAAACCAGAUCAGCAGCGAUAACAUUGGCAGUAAAAUGCUUCAGAAAAUGGGCUGGUCUGGAGGUGGUGUUGGUAAGGAAGGCACAGGAAUCUCAGAACCUGUGUCUCUGGUGAGUGUCAUAAACAGACAAGGUCUGGGACUUAGUGCGGAGUAUGGAAUUACAGGUGAUUUCAGGCAAAGAAUGAAAGAAGUCAUUGAAACAUAUGCUUCCUCAGACUGCCAAGAGGAUUUAGCAUUUUCGUCUGAAUUCAGCAUUGAAGAGAGGAAGAUCAUUCACGAUGAGAGUCGGAAGCUGAAUCUUCGCAGUGUCAGUCGAGGAAAGGGCCAGAACAGGUACUUGUGUGUGUCCAGAAAACGAUCAGCCAAUCAGUUAUUUGAGCAUGUUAUGGCAUGUGGCGGAGAAACUGCUAAAUAUAAGCUUUUCCCGCCAGGGACAUAUGUCCCGGACACUGAGGAUCAGCUUGAGUUUGGAGGGGAUGUCCCAGAAAAAAUGUGA